GAUGGCGUUAGAUCGCAGCCAGCCCUCCUACUGACAUCUUAUUCAUAAUGAAAGUGAAAGUAUUGUAUACUAACUCCCUCUGUGUCACGCCAGUCAUUUGUCCUCAGUGGAGGCCGUGAAGAGGAGCUUGUACGGUAAAAAGACAUGGCCUCCUGUAGUAGCCUCUUCUUUGUGCUCUUUGUCUUCUGUUUCUAUUCAGGAGUCAUACCCUCGUUCAUUGAAGUGGCAUGUGAACCUACAACCAAGGCUCAGUUCAACCAUCAGUCCAUGCUGAUGUGUGCGGUCAAACCCAAGGAAAACAUAAGAAAUUUAAAAAUCAUCCUGGUUGUCUGGAGAAAGACAGGAUUGGAAAAUCCUGUUGCAGUUUUUGAUAAUAGAAAUACCAAACCAGAAUAUAAAAAGCAGCAAGGCUAUGAGUUUGCUGACCACAGCUUGAAAACCAUGAACGUAUCUCUGCUCAUCAGCAACACCAAAUUGCAGCACGAGGGAGAGUAUAAGUGCGAUGUGAUGACAGAUAGUGGUCCCGCCACCCGUACAACUAUGCUCAAAGUGACAGCCAAGUACAAUACCCCGACUGUGCGCAGCAUUGAUCAGAAAGACAUUCCAAACGUACACAAGACUCUGAUUUGUGAGGCUAGUGGUGGCUACCCAAAAGGCCAACUACGCUGGUUUGAUGAAAACAAAACAGAGUGGACAAAAAGCGCCAAGCUCACAGAGAACAAGAGGAAUGACGGUCUGUUUGAGCUCUCCAGCGAGUUGCAAUUGCUGACAGGAUCCACCUUCUCCGAGUACACCUGCGUGGUCUACAAUGCCAGUUACGACAAAGAAGACUCGGCUUCAAUAGUAGUGAAUAAUCCAAGUCGAUUGUCUAAAAUAAAAACCCCAGGAUCGGCAAUAAUUGCUCCAGUGGUGGUCAUCGGGUCGCUGAUUGUGGGGUUGCUGAUGGCACUGCUAUUCUUUAGAAGACGAUCUCAACAAAACCGAAGACUCUCAACUACUCCUCUUAUGGGGACACAUCACGAGGUUUCCGCUUCAGAUCCAGGUGACGAUCAAACUACUAUAGGCGGUGUCAACGGGAAAGACAGCAUGGCCUAAGGAAACCAGAUGAGCCACAUUUAUUUAUCCAUUUACUGCCAACCUCCAAAAUCGGCACUUCCUUCCUUCUAAGAUCCACACUCACAAUAUAACUUUCCUUCAAUUAAUAACCAUCCAUAUUCAGGGAUAUCUUGUAUUACUGUGAUUCACCAUACUGAUAAAGAGAGAUUUAAUCAAGUCAAAAUAAAACAAGAUGGGAUUCACUGUUCCUGCGUCGAGUGAAGAAGCAGCUUAAAGGAAGGCGGUACAAAUCUAGGCUCAGACAUGUUAAACACAAAAUGCAACAUGUUGCCAAGAUCCCUAAAUUUUAGGAAUAACAGGAGUCUGGAUCCAACCCGAGAUGUAGUGGCUGUUGGAGGAGAUAUGAGAAGACAGAUAAUAUGUCUGCGUUUGCCCUAUGCUGUAAAUGUAGCCAUUGGCAGCUCAAGUAAGUUUCUUUGUUUUUCUUUGUCUUUUUGUAAUAUUAUGUAAGACCUUUAAGGAAAACACUUAAUUAGAAAGGGGGAGGGAGGUUCAUGAAAGUACCCAAUGUAGUGUGUGUAUUUUACACUGAAAGUGCUCUGCACAUUAGCCAUUAAUAGGACAAGAAAUCAAAGCCAAAGGUGUGACUGUCUUUGGUCAAAGUUCAGUUUUUGUUUGUGUGGCAUUGUGCUCAAUACCAGAGCUCAUAUCCUUUUUCUGUCUGCUGAUAUCACAUGAUCGCAGAAACCUGUCCUAAAGCCAAAGCCCUUUUGUCUUUCUGCUUGUGUAAAGUAAGACUGUACUUAGAUAACCUUCAGUUAAUACAAUGUCUUUUUUUAUCACUGGUUUGGUUUCAUUCUUUGUGUAGAAAGUAGAAGAUGAGGCUCAACCAGUGUUGAUUUAUUGUAAGAUAAAAAGUUUUUUAUUGUUGCAGGGAAGGUACCAUCAAGCUCACAGGAGUUGUCAAGAGUGCUGCCCUCAGGCAUGUUUUUGUUCGCCUCAGCAAGUUUUUCAUUAAUCUUGUACUCUAAUGAUUAACUUGAAAACCAGGAAAACAGUAAAGGUUUUCAAUUUUGUAACCUUAAAACAUAACAAAUUAAAAAUGUCAGGCAACUUGGAAUGUUUUUACAUUUUCAUAUCUUUGUCACAUUUUGUAAAUGAGGUUGAGCACCAUAAGACUAGUCACUGUUGUUUCAUAUGAUUUACUGUCUAAAUGUAUUGAGUGUGAAAAAACUUCAAUUAAAAUCUGUUUUCUGAUGUAAA